CACAAACCACACGGCUAAAACCUUCGAAAUAGGAAAAAGAAAAAAAAGGAACUUUAUCCGGUCGGUCGCAACUCGCAAGUGCCACCGGAAACUGGGGGAAUGAGUUACGCAAUCGCUACUCCGUUGCCUGUCAAUCUUAACUCCUAUCAUUCUUGUCACAGUUCUCCGAUUUCAGGUGGGGAAGUUUUGGAAGUUCCAACACAUUCUAUUUCUAACUAUAAAUGGCGGCUUCUUAUAGCUUAUGAUGGUACCAAUUAUGCUGGGUGGCAAUAUCAAGCAUCACCACCAACAGUACAGUGUGCCAUAGAAAAAGCAUUAAUUAAAAUCACACAUUUAGACCGAAAGGAGCUCAGUGUAGUAGGUGCCGGCAGGACAGAUACAGGAGUCCAUGCUUGGGGCCAGGUUGCACAUUUUUUCACACCUUUCAACUAUGAUUCGUUGGAUGAAGUUCAUGCGGCAUUUAAUGGUCUUCUCCCAUCUGACAUUCGUGUACGGGAGGUGAGCCCUGCAUCGCCACAGUUCCAUGCUCGUUUUUCUGCAAAGGGAAAGAUAUAUCGUUACAGCAUUUAUAACAGCAGCUUCAUGGAUCCAUUUCUGCGUUAUCAUGUAUAUCAUAGUACAUAUAAGCUGAAUGCAGCUGUCAUGGCAGAGGCUGCCAGAUAUUUCACCGGAAAGCACGACUUUACAGCCUUUGCUAAUGCAAUACGUAAUGAUAGAGUACGGGAUCCUAUCAAAACUAUAUCCCGAUUCGAUGUCACUGAAAGGGGACCUCUUUUGGAGCUAGAAGUUGAAGGGUCCGGUUUCUUGUACAGACAAGUUCGAAACAUGGUUGCAUUAUUGCUUCAAAUUGGAAGGGAAGCGAUUCCGCCUGAUAUAGUCCCAGAGAUUUUGGAAACAAGAAAUCGUAGAGAAUUGGCGAAAUACACCAAGUCUACACCACCUCACGGACUGAGUCUAGUAUCAGUGAAGUAUAAUGAAGAUCAUCUGAAACUUCCAUCUGGUUGUCCUCCAGUAAGUUUGGGUAGGUAUCAUACUAUUAGAACAUGUAAACUUCCUUUCUAUUAGCACAUUUGUUGCAAGUGAACAGUUUCAUUCUUUUUAGCCUGUAGUUAUGGAAUAUUGAGGUUUAGGUGAAAAAUAACCCUGUUUUUUUGUCCAAUUUUCUACCAAUUCCAAAGAAGUUUUUGUGUGAA